AUGGGGGUCAAGAUGGGAUCUUGGGGACGGGCGAUGCCCCGAGCCGGAGAAGGCGUCAGCGGGAAGCGGAGGUGGCUGAAGAGGCGGAGGUGGCUGGUGGUCUCGGGGUGGCUCUCCCACGCCGUGUACAUGCUCAGCAUAUUCGACAUCUACUUCAAGACUCCCAUUGUCCACGGCAUGGAUCCCGUCGCUCCUCGCUUCUCCGCACCCGCCAAGCGCCUCGUUCUUCUCGUUGCGGAUGGCUUGCGUGCGGAUAAAUUUUAUGAACCGGAUUCGGAAGGACACUUUAGAGCACCUUUCUUGAGAAGUAUAAUUAGAGAAAGAGGUCGCUGGGGAGUGUCCCAUGCUCGUCCUCCUACAGAAUCAAGGCCUGGACAUGUUGCUAUUUAUAGCUGGGUUUAUGAGGACCCCAGUGCUGUGACAAAGGUCAGAUGGAAAGCUAAUCCUGUUGAAUUUGACUCGGUAUUUAAUAGAAGCAAACAUACGUAUGCCUGUAGCCCAGACAUAGUUCCUAUAUUCUGUGGUGCCUUGCCACAUAGCACUUGGAAUAGCUACCCACAUGAGUUUGAAGACUUUGCAACUGAUGCAUCCUUUUUGGAUGAGUGGUCUUUUGAUCAAUUUCAAAACCUCUUGGACAGGUCUUUUACCGAUGAGGACUUGAGAGAAGCACUUCAACAGGAUAAUCUGGUUGUCUUUCUCCAUCUACUAGGCUGUGACUCAAAUGGACAUGCUCAUCGACCCUUCUCAUCCAUCUAUCUCAAUAAUGUUAAGGUCGUUGAUCACAUUGCCAAACGUGUUUUUGAUCUCGUUGAAGGUUAUUACAAAGAUAAUCGCACUGCGUAUGUUUUUACAGCUGAUCACGGAAUGAGCGACAAAGGAAGUCAUGGAGAUGGGCAUCCCUCCAACACUGACACACCUGUUGUUUGGGGAGCUGGGGUUAAAUAUCCCAAAUCAGCUUCUGCCAGUGACCACUCUGAUCAUGGCCGGUUUGUUGAUGAGCAUAUGCAUGACACGCCAACACCUACGGUGUGGGGCCUUAGUGGCAUUGAAAGAGUGGAUGUCAAUCAAGCUGAUAUUGCACCUCUUAUGUCAACUCUUAUUGGUUUGCCAUGUCCAAUGAACUCAGUGGGAAAUUUGCCUCUUGGAUACAUUGAUAUGAAUGAGGCAGAGGAAGUUGAAGCUGUGCUGUCCAAUACAAAACAAAUACUAAACCAGUUCCUUCAUAAAUCACAUAUAAAGCAAUCAAAUACAUUAUUCUUCAAGCCAUUCAAACCACUAGAGCACUAUAUGUCAGUUGUGGACCAAAUUGAGGAACUGAUCUCCAUCGGAGAUUACAAAGCUGCAUUGAAGCGAAGUGAAGAUUUAAGGAGUUUGGCUCUUGAAGGCCUUCAUUAUUUUCAAACUUAUGAUUGGCUGAUGCUGAUGGCUGUAAUUACUUCGGGAUAUAUUGGUUGGAUGCUCUAUCUCGUUCUCCAUGUGCUGCAAUCUUAUACGUCAUUGCCGGGUGUUCUAUUCCGAAAGGAGAGAGCAGUGCAGCAGAAAAAAGACACCAGAAAAGUAAUGUGUAAACCUUGUUUGUGGUUUUUGUAUUGAAUGAGAAUACAGACAUGAGGAAGAAGGGUUUAACUAGUAGUUG